GCAUCUGGUCUCAGUCCCGUUGAAACUGUGGAAACGAGUGGACCGCGGGAACGUUUUAUCACCGUGUGGAAGUGAAAACGUCGAUUCGUCUCGCCCCCUCCCCUCACAUUAAUAUGGACAAUCAAUCAUUUUCUCCCGAAUGUGCGUCGCAGUGAUGCAGCUUCUAUUUCGAUUAGUUUUUUUCGACUGUUAAGAAGCUACGCAAGCAUGGAUAGGAGAGAGAAGACGAGGAAGAAAAGUCCUCAAGAGGAGGCGAAUCCGAUCAGUUUACUGUUCUUUUGGUGGACCCUCAAACUCUUUCGCCUGGGAAGCCAAAAGACUCUCGAAAUGGAAGAUCUUUAUGAUCCUAUCGAAGCCGACGAGUCCCACGGCCUCGGAAACCUGCUCGAAAGAUCAUGGAACGCAGAGCUCGAGAAGAUGAAAAACCUCGAAUACAGUCUGAACGAGGAUGGGAAGAAGGUAAAUGGCCAACGACCCAGUCUGACGCGAGCGAUAUUCCGAGCGUUUUGGCUGAAAUAUCUUAAAAUUGGGAUGUGUGUGUUCGUGCAAUGCGUGAUCCUGCGGACGAUGCAACCGAUUCUCCAAGGCUUGGUAGUCAGGUACUUCAGCGGCGACGAGACGUCGGAAGUGCCGACCCGAACCGAAGUGCUUUGCUACGCCGGGGGUCUCGUUCUGGCUUCACUGGGAGUUACUUUCAUCAUGCAUCAUACGAAUCUCUGUGCGCAGCAAAUCGGCAUGAGAGUCAGAGUUGCCUGCUGUUCUCUCAUCUACCGGAAGCUACUGCGGCUGAAUAAACUAGCACUGAAUGAAACAGCGGCCGGCCAAGUGGUGAAUCUGCUCAGCAACGACGUUAAUCGUUUCGACACGCUUCCCUUGUACCUCAAUCUCAUAUGGAUUAUGCCGAUACAGUUGAUCGUCGUCGGUUACAUCAUGUGGCAAAGCGUGAAGGUGAGUACCCUGGUUGGGAUCGGAUCGUUGCUUUUACUCGCGGUUCCGAUUCAGAGCUACCUCAGCAGAGUUAGCAGUACCCUGAGAUCAUCGACGGCGCAAUUGACCGACCGAAGAGUACAAUUGAUGAAUGAACUCAUUGCUGGGAUUCAGGUCGUGAAAAUGUACGCGUGGGAAAAGCCUUUCGAAUUCAUCGUCUCUCACACAAGAGCUAGUGAGAUCGGAGUCAUUAUAAAGAGUUCUUUUAUUCGGGGCUUCUAUCUCAGCAUAAUGGUCUUCACCGAGAGAACAACCCUCUUCUUGACUUUGGCCUCGUUCGUCUUAAUGGGAAACGGACUCCCGGCACACGUCUCCUUCUCUCUUGCAACGUAUUUCAACAUUUUGCAAAUGACAACUGCCAUAUGGUUUCCACAAGCUCUGAUUCUGUGCGGCGAGGCUCGCAUUUCGAUCAACAGGCUCGAGAACUUUUUGCUCCUCGACGAGGUAUUGACGAUCGAGGACGAGAAGCGGUCGUUGGCUUCGCGAACAAAGUCUGCAAGCCGACAGACGGUGCCAUUGGCACCGGUACGGAUAGAGUUUCACCGAGUUUCGGCAAACUGGAUAUCGGGCAUUUUGCCUCCGACGAUUUGCGACGUUUCGAUGAGGAUUUCAGGCGGUGAUUUAUGCGCUUUGAUCGGUCCGGUUGGCUCCGGCAAGUCGUCGAUUCUCAACAUUGUGCUUCGGGAGUUGCCACUUGGUGCCGGCACCGUCAGGUUGAUUCAGGACCAGGAUAACAAGCUUAACCAGGAGCAAUGGCGACGAGGAUUCGUCGUUGACAAUCCGAACCUCACAGUCUCGUACGCGAGCCAAGAUCCGUGGCUCUUCGGAGGAUCCGUCCGUGAAAACAUACUUUUUGGUCAGCCUUUCGACAAAAAACGUUAUCAAGAAGUGACCAAAGUUUGCUCUCUGCUCCGGGACUUUGGCCAAUUCCCUGAGGGCGACAUGACCAUCGUCGGGGAACGCGGAGCCGCCCUUUCCGGCGGCCAAAGAGCUCGAAUCAACCUGGCACGGGCUGUCUAUCGACGAGCCGAUUUGUACCUUCUCGACGAUCCCCUCAGCGCCGUUGACUCUCGGGUCGGCAGACAGCUCUUCAAAAACUGCAUUCUCAAUUAUCUUCGUGGCAAAACACGAAUCCUUGUAACCCAUCAACUUCAAUUCGUCAGACACGCCGAUACGAUCGUCCUCAUGAAUCGAGGUGCGGUAAAGCAACAAGGAUCUUGGAACGAACUCAUGAAUUCGAGUUGUGAUUUCAAAGAAUUGAUCAGUCGUAUGGAAGAGGAAAAAAAAGAAACAGCGGAAGUUGAGGAGACGAUAUUGGACGAGACAUGUUCCACGCCUGAAGAUACCGGUGGAAUACAAAAUCCUCAGAGGGUCGAAAAGUGCAUGAGUUUUCGCGAUGCGCAAAGAAUUACAAACGAAUCCGGCGCUAAGGAGGUUGUGAACGAUCGAAAAUUUGUCCCUCCCACUGCGAUACAACUGCGCUCGACUUCCGUAGUUUCACAAGCAUCUUCGAUUCGUUCGCAGGACAGUUUUUCCAUGCCGAACGACGAUGACGUUGUCUUUGAAGCCGGGCAUGGAAGCGACAAGCAAGAAACAAUGAUGACGGGUCGAAUGUCCUCGCGAGUUUACGUUCAAUAUUUUCGUGCCGGAGGAGGAAUCAUUACUCUAACAAUUCUGUUCUUGAAUAUGAUCGUCGCUCAAAUAGCGACGAGCGGGACCGACUAUUGGCUCAGUUAUUGGACCAACAUCGAAGCAGUGCGAAUGAGUCUUCACGAUCCGUCGAUGAAAAUAACAUCGAAACAAUACAAAUCGGUUGUCAAUGACACGGUUUUCUCGUACUUCAAUCUUCUCGAUGACGAUGGUCUUCUUCCCACUCACUACGCCAUCUACAUCUACACUUUUUGCAUCGUUGCCUGCAUCAUUCUAACGCUCACGCGAAGCUUCCUUUUCAUGAAUAUUUGUAUGAAAGCUGGACGAAGCCUUCACAACCGAAUGUUUAUGAGCGUACUCGAAACUACGAUGAAAUUCUUGAACGCCAAUCCAUCCGGAAGAACCCUCAAUAGAUUUUCAAAGGACGUUGGCGCGAUGGAUGAAUUAUUUCCAAAAGCCAUGCUCGAGGCCCUUCAAAUCUUUUUCGUCAUGAUAGGCAUUCUUGUCAUGGUGGCCGUCGUCAAUAACUGGAUGGUUAUUCCCAUGGUCAUCAUUGCUGUUGCCGCUUACUUCAUCAGAAUAUUUUAUCUCAAUACGGCUCAGGAUAUCAAACGGCUCGAGGGCGUUGCUAAGAGUCCAGUAUUUUCUCACGUAAGCGCGACCUUGAGCGGACUAACGACGAUAAGAAGUAGUGGAAAAGAUAUUCAAGGGAUGUUGCGAAAAGAAUUCGACAGUUGUCAAGACACUCACACAGGAGCCUGGUAUUUGUACAUCGUGGCAUCAUGCUCAUUUGGUUUAAUCCUCGAUAUUAUUUCGUGUAUUUUCGUUGCGUGCGUUUGCUACUCGUUUAUCCUCAUCGAUCCAGGAAACUCGUUCAGCGGAUACGUUGGUCUGGCUAUUUCACAGUCCCUAAUUCUCACCGGAAUGCUUCAGUAUGGCGUCAAGCAAUCCACCGAAGUCCAAUCGCAGAUAACUUCGGUUGAGAGGAUUUUACAGUAUACAGAUUUGCCGAAAGAAGCGCCAACGACCUCGAGGCAGCCUCCUCCUGCCACAUGGCCUGAGCGCGGACGCAUCGAAAUGAAACAUGUUUUCUUGAAAUACAAUGAUCACGACCCACCGGUUUUAAAGGACUUGAACGUCAUAAUAGAACCGGGCUGGAAAAUUGGAGUCGUCGGAAGAACGGGCGCCGGGAAAUCUUCGCUUUUGUCAGUGCUCUUCCGACUGUUUGGGGAAGGUUUGGAGGGAGAGAUUAAAAUCGACGACCUUGACACCAGCAGCAUCGGGCUUCAGGAGCUGCGCUCCUCUAUGUCGAUUAUUCCACAGGAGCCGGUUCUUUUCUCGGAAAGUUUACGUUACAAUCUCGAUCCGUUUGGUAAAUAUCCGGAUCCGGCGUUGUGGGAUGCGUUGCGCGAAGUUGAGCUCGAGGAUGCUCUUUUGGACCAAAAAGUCAACGAGGGCGGGUCCAAUUUCAGCGUUGGACAAAGACAACUUAUUUGUCUGGCUCGAGCUAUUUUGCGAAACAAUAAGAUACUCGUCCUUGACGAAGCUACGGCCAACAUCGAUGCUCGAACCGAUGCGUUGAUACAGAAAACAAUAAGAUCGAAAUUUGCAGAAUGCACGGUCAUCACGAUAGCGCAUCGAUUAAACACGAUAAUCGAUAGUGAUCGUGUGCUCGUGAUGGGUGACGGUAAAAUUUUGGAAUUCGCAUCGCCUUAUGAGCUUCUUUUCGUCAAAGAGAACUCGCAUUUCUCUCAAAUGAUUCGUCAAACUGGUGAAACAAUGGCAAAAAACCUGAUGAACCUUGUCGGCAAUUCUCCUUGUCGGAGCAAUUCUCAAAAUCAGAUAUCAUCGCUAUAGGGAUGGUGCAAGUAGACUACCGUGCCACUAGUGAUGAAAAGUGGAAGUUUUUGGGGAUCUUUUAUCAUUAUUGUAUUAUUUUAUUAUUAAAUUAUUAUGAUUAUAUUUCAAUGAAAGUUUGAAAGUUCUACCCCAAAAACUUAUAAUUUACGACAUUAGAGGCACCACGAGUACUUUCGACCUGCCCUCUAUCGAAUCUGCACCAUCCCUACAAAUUUCUAAUGGAUGUUUUUUUAAGAGAUUAUAAAUAAAUAUGUGUCAUUUGAAA